AUUAUGAAUGAGAUAACACAGCCACACACUAACAAAUUGAAAUAUGUGAAAUAGUGACUCUCUCUGCGAUGGUCUGAGAACCGAACAAUUGAACUGCUCCGAUAUCAAAAAAAAAAUGGCCAUGCAUACUCAAAAAAUUGAUCGGUGUGUUCCCAAGCAUCGUAUUUCUUUUGUAUUUCCGUCAAUGGUGACGUUACUAUUUGCCAGUCCCAGAUUUAUUACGAGCUGUCCCGGCGUCCCGCCAGGUAGACUUAAAUAUCCCGGUCAUGUAGCAUGUCAGUCAUGAACAAACAUUUUUUAUAUAACAAUAUUACAUUUUUUUAACGGAAGCAUGCAAUUUAUCUCUGAGCCACUAUUUCGGAGAGAAAGAGAGAACUGGUGUGUUGUUACGUCAUAGGUAUUAAGCUAUAUGUUCAUUUUGAUAAUUCAACACACAACGUUAACUGCACUGCCGAUAAAUCAUCAAAAUGGCAAAUGGAAGCGUAAAAAGACGAAGGGAUAAUGUUUUUCUUUAACCAAUAAAACUAGAAGGAGCUAAUACGGGACCGGUAUAGGAUGUGCGGCUCAUGCACUUUAAAACUGAAUUCAACAUCAUGCAGUGGAUACUUUACCCGUUUGUGUAGAAAGUCUUGUUGCUAAAAUGUAUAAAUACAUUUAUAUUUACGCCAGGAUACGAUCAAAUGCUGCCUCCGGCAUGGUUUCAGUUUUUGCGAGGCACGGUAUGAGAUGUUGUGAUAUACUGUCUCGCGAGAUAAUUUUUGAAGUGUGUUGCAGCCAGGAGGCAUAUUAGCAAUAAAAGGGUUUUAAGGUAAUUUGUAUAAGAAUUGUGUGUAACUAGAAAUCCACAAUAUAACGCCAAUUCGGGUGAGUGACUCAUAUGAAAAAGUUUUGGUCUCGUUGCUUAUCAUAAUGUAGACUUAUUUGCUUUGGGUAAAGUAUCCGUUACCGAUUAUGCUGAAAUCAUAAUCGCCUACGCAACGAUCAUUUAUAAAAGGGUUGGAUAAUGCCCAAAAUUAUCUGGGGAUAUUUUGAACAUCCGUAGUGUGUAUAUAUAUUUAUAAAUGUUUGUAGUUGGUUUUAUGACUUAUAUGGUAUUGAGGUAUCGUCUGAUACUUCAAUGGCGAAUAUUUGUCAUAAUACUGGCGUUGAUUACACAGGUUUUCAAAUACGUCUAUUGAAUAUUUCAAAUGUAGCCAGACAGGCAAAAUCUUAGAUAGACUGCACAUAUUCCGAGUCUGAGUUGUUUGAUUAUGAUGCUUUUUUCUCUUGCACCACUUCAUUUCAAUAGUCAUUAUAUAACAAUGUUUGGUGAACAUGACACCGCAUCGUACUCACAGUGAUAACUCAUCCAAUUAUGCGUGACAUCUUUCGGUAAAACCUAUGGAGCUAAAUAGAGCGACAACAUUCCUAUUCAACUAUCAUUACGUUGCAACAUUCACCAUAGGGUAGAAGUAAUCAAUCUGAAAAAUAAUAGUAAAUUAAUUUUUCUGUGCCACCACGACUAACGAACGAUUCACAAAAUGAGAAAACAGAAAAAUGCCAUCUCAGAGAAGAGAGCAAUCACCUGGAAAAAGCAAUUUGACUAUUUGUUCAGCUUACUGGGACUCCUGAUUGGGCUCGGAAAUGUAUGGAGAUUCCCAUAUCUAUGCUACAAGAAUGGCGGAGGUGCAUUUUUGAUCGCAUACUGGGCGUGUAUUCUUGUUAUGAUUUUUCCUCUGAUUACUAUGGAAACUGCUCUAGGACAGUUAACUGGUCGGAGCUCUUUUAAAGCCUGGAACAUUGUUCCACUAACAAAAGGUAUUGGAUAUGCUGUGCUGUUUCUCAUGUUCUACUACAAUCUAUAUUACCCAGUUCUUUUGGCAUGGUCUCUGCGAUGGUUCGUCGCUAGUUUUUCUGCUUCCAAACCAUGGACAACAUGUAAUAAUGAAUGGAACUCGUUCAAUUGUCUGCCUUUGUCCGAGAUUGCAAUUGACUUCAAUGGAAAUUCCACUGGCCAGAUUUCAACCAACACAAGCUCUGACGUUGUUUACCACAACUUGACAUACGUUUCAUCUGUAGAAGAAUUUUGUGAAAACCAUAUUCUUGAUACAACAGCCGACAUUAAUGAUCUUGGAGGAAUAAAAACGGAAUUACUUAUUUGUUUUACUGUUAUUUGGAUUGGGGCAUAUUUUGCUAUUUGGAAAGGAAUAGGGUGGACGAGCAAGAUUGUUUACGUUACGGCUACUCUACCCUUGGUUAUGAUUAUCAUUGUGUGUAUUCGCGGCGUAACUUUGGAAGGAGCGCUGGACGGAUUGAAAGUUUAUCUCAAACCCGAUUUCACCAGCCUAAAAGGAUGGAGGUAGACUACUCAUUCUCAAUUUCUAAUUCCCAUGACACGACACAUAUUUGAAGAUUCAAAUUGCCUUUACUUCGAACUCACUCAAAAAAUUAAACAUGCGUCUGAGUCGUUUGCAGAAGUUGGUAUAAUAUAAUAUAUAAAAUGUCAACUAUUGGUAUUUAAAAAAUUCGAAUUUUAAUAAUGAAAGAAAUAAUAUUUAAAAUAAAAUAAUUGGCGCGUUUUGCAGCUUCGGUCUAUGGAUGUUUCUUUGAUUUAUAUAUUGAAGGGUAUACUUGUAAGUUAUACAUACCAUUUGACCGCGCGAAAGCGACAAAUGCGUUUCGAUCGAGAUGACUUUCGUAAACUACUAUGUAGCCGGGCUGUAGGCCUAUUCCUAAAUUCCCUCGGCUGACCAAUAUGAUUGCAAAUGCCAAUGACU